AUGGAAGACGUAGAAAAGUACGAUUAUAUCGUGAUUGGAGGUGGUAGCGGUGGUAGCGGUGGUGCCAGACGAGCUGCUGGAUGGUACAAGGCAAAGACGCUUAUUGUUGAAAAUGGGCGAUCUGGAGGCACCUGUGUCAACGUUGGAUGUGUGCCUAAGAAGAUGACAUGGAACUUUGGCUCCAUCAAUGAACAUCUCGAACACGCCAAACAUUACGGCUAUGAUGUCCCGAAGAAUGUCAAGUAUGACUACGGUUACUUCAAACGUACGCGAGAUGCCACCAUUGAGCGACUAAACGGCAUCUAUGAGCGCAACUGGAACCGCGAGGGAAUCGAUCUUGUCAAGGGAACCGCCAAAUUCAUCGAGCCCAAGGUCAUAGAGAUUGAUCUGAUGGAUGGAUCUGGGAAGAAAACGGUCACCGCUCCCCACAUCCUUAUCGCUGUGGGCGGUUACCCUAUCGUCCCGGAUAUUCCUGGCGCCGAACACGGAAUCACCAGCGAUGGUUUCUUUGAGAUUGAGGAUCUGCCUCCCAAACUUGCCGUGGUUGGAGCAGGCUAUAUUGCCGUUGAACUGGCUGGUGUCAUGAAUGCUGUUGGCGUAGAGACACACAUGUUCAUCCGCGGAGAGACCUUUUUGAGAAAGUUCGACCCUAUGGUUCAGCAAACGCUGACCAAACGAUACGAGGCUACUGGCAUGCACCUCCAUAGAGGGUACACUGGGAUGAAGAAGAUUGAACUGUUGAGCCCCGGAAAGGGUGCAAACAAGCGCCUCAAACUGACUUUCGAUGACGGAUCGGAGAUGGAAGUCAAUGAGCUCCUUUGGGCUAUCGGUCGUGCUCCUGCGGUCACAAACCUUGGCCUCAAGGAGAUUGGCGUUAAACAAAAAAGUAGUGGCCAUAUCAUCGUCGAUGAGUUCCAAAACACCUCUGUCGACGGUAUCUAUGCCAUAGGAGACGUAACCGGUCAGGCAGAGCUGACUCCAGUCGCCAUUGCUGCCGGUCGACAGCUUGGCAGUCGCCUCUUUGGCCCUCCAGAGUUGAAAUCUUCCAAACUCUCAUACGAAAACAUUCCAACCGUAGUUUUCUCCCAUCCAGAAGUCGGAACGUCUGGGCUUACGGAGCCAGAGGCCAUUGAAAAGUACGGCAAAGAGAAUCUCAAGAUAUACCAUACUAAAUUCACAGAUAUGUAUUUUAGCGUCUUCCCCGCCGAGGAGAAGGAGAAGAACCCUACCGAGAUGAAGCUCAUUUGUGCCGGACCUGAGGAGAAGGUCGUUGGCUUGCACAUCCUUGGCCUCAAUGUUGGUGAGAUGUUGCAAGGCUUUGGUGUUGCGAUGAAGAUGGGUGCCACGAAGAAGGAUUUUGAUUCUUGUGUCGCCAUCCAUCCUACCAGUGCAGAGGAGUUGGUUACUCUACGAUAG